CACUAAUUUCAUUCCCCAAGCUUAUCAAAAUCUUUCAUAAAAAUAAGGGUUUACUCUUUAUUCAAGUGAAUAAUAUGUUUGUUUGAUUAGAGAGGAAGAGAUUGAUUGAUUACCUUUUGAAUGAGAUGGGUAGAACCCUUGCCAACUUGGAUCGGAACGGUGUCGUUUAAGACCACACAAGUUUCUCUCUGGCUCAGUUCUCCACACGUUCCACAUUUCACCUAAAGAAUUCGCAACAGAAAAUCAAAACAACACCACCAGAUGCAAAAACGAAAGAGAGAUUGGAAGGGUUGAAGAGAAGAGAAAGAGAACCUUUCUUCCUGUGCGGCUCGCUCCGUCUCAGAAUUCUCCGCACUAAAUUCGCUGGUGGGAGAGAGGGAUAGGUCGAUGAAGAGUGGGAGGGAAGGACAGGGAAACGAGAGAGGGACGGGAACAGAUCGGAGCUUCGUCGGCAGGUCGAUGGUUUGCGAAGAGUAGGAUAGAGCGUGGGAGGGAGAGGGAUUGCACAGCUUUAGGGUUUUCUUCUAAACAAAAUUGGAGAAAAUUUCUAUUGUCACGGUCCCUCAAAAAAAAAUAAUAAAAUAUUAUCUCAUAUUACCACGGUUCCGCUUAUAACAGUGGCAAUUGAGCUUUUGCUACGGUUCCGCCUAUAACCGUGACAAUUGAGGCGUGGCAAAAUGUCAUUUCUGUAGUAGUGAGUUAGAAGGAAGUGUGUACGUGAAAUAUUAUAAUAGGGUGUAUCAAACUUGAAAUGAAUCAUUCAUGAUAUAAUAUAAAUAUACUAAGAUCUAGGGUUUUGGUCUUUAAAAGCUUCCUUGUGUUGCUUACCAACUUUUGUUGGUUAGGUUAUUAUACUCAAGUUGAAAGUUGAAAGGGGUUGUUUCUCAACAAGUUAUAUUUAUAUAUAUCUACUAUUCCCCUUAAAAAAAUAAAUAUACUAAGAUAUAUAUGAUAGAGAACGUAUAUCUAAAAGAAUAACAAAUCCUUUAUGCAAUUACGAGAUAUCACUUUAAUUUAAAAUAUUUAUCCUCACUUGCGCAAGACGUUGUUGUUAAUAUUGAACAAAAGUGCAUUGGACCCAUCAUUUUAUUUCGUAAAAAAAAAAAUAUAACUGGCAAUUCAUGGUGGGCAGGGAAAUGAGGAUAUAGAGCAACUUGUGUGUGCAUGUUGGCAAUAAGAUAUGAAACAAGAGAAGGAGAGAUAAGGAGACUGUAAGGCCUACGGGGUCGGUGGCCCCGAACUAUCACCCUGCUAAGGACACAGUAGCCUGUGCUGUGCAAGAGCUGCACAAUAGUGACACAAAUUACCUUCUAUUAAUUUGUUACUUCACCACACCAAAUUAUUUUCCAUUACAAAUUACACAACAAGGAUGAGGGAAUAAAUGCAUACAAGUAAAGGAAGUAGCUAAGAGAAACAGACAAAAAAGGGAGAGAAAGGGAUAUGGGUAUGCGUAUGGGUGGACAAGUAUGCCUAGUAUUAUUUAUGUAUAGAAGACAUCAAAUGAUUGAGGAAUAAAAGAAGAGGGUGAAGCAAAGUUUUAUGCAUAAGAAAACAAUAGCUAUAGCUUGAGAGAAGAUGAGUAGGUCUACAGAGUGAUUGUUUUCUUCUCUUUUAUCUCAGGAUUGUUGGUGUCUCCUAAUUAGAUAAACUCUCCUUGGUGUUUUCUAGAUUUAAUCAGAAAAGCUUUCAAAGGGACAAGAAAAAGCAGGUUUCAAAUUUAAGAAAUCCCAGGGUUGCAUCUCAAGUUUGCAAAACAACAACAUGGCUGCUUCUUCCUCACCAUUCUUGGAAAUCAGACAAGAAAAUCAAAGUCAGAAUACACAACAACACCAGUCCUCUUCAUCAACUGCUGCUCCACCUGUAGUUCCUCAGAAGAAGAGGAGGAAUCAUCAACCUGGAACACCAUGCAAAUCCAGAUUCUGAGGUGAUAGCACUAUCUCCCAAGACACUAAUGGCAACAAACAGGUUCAUAUGUGAGGUAUGCAACAAAGGGUUCCAAAGGGAGCAAAAUUUACAGCUCCACAGAAGAGGACACAACUUGCCUUGGAAACUAAAGCAGAAGAAUACAAAAGAGCAGGCAAAGAGAAAGGUUUAUCUCUGUCCUGAACCCACUUGUGUCCACCAUGACCCUUCACGGGCUCUUGGAGACCUCACUGGGAUCAAGAAGCACUUCUCUCGGAAGCACGGUGAGAAGAAGUGGAAGUGUGAAAAGUGCUCUAAGAAGUAUGCUGUUCAAUCAGAUUGGAAAGCACAUUCUAAGACUUGUGGUACAAGAGAGUAUAGAUGUGACUGUGGCACUCUCUUCUCCAGGCGUGACAGUUUUAUUACUCAUAGAGCCUUUUGUGAUGCGUUAGCACAUGAGAGUGCAAGGCACCCUUCCAACCUGAACCCUCUGGGAACUCAUCUCUAUGGCACCAACCACAUGAGCUUAUUCAAGAAGGGGUCUAUAUGGUGGAGGGAUUUGGGGAAGGUUAGUGAGGGGGGAGGUAAUGGGGGAUGGUUUGUGAGUGGGGUAAGAAGGAAGAUUGGGAUGGGUCAUGACAUAAAAUUCUGGAAAGAGUGAAGUAAACACUAAUUUCAUUCCCCAAGCUUAUCAAAAUCUUUCAUAAAAAUAAGGGUUUACUCUUUAUUCAAGUGAAUAAUAUGUUUGUUUGAUUAGAGAGGAAGAGAUUGAUUGAUUACCUUUUGAAUGAGAUGGGUAGAACCCUUGCCAACUUGGAUCGGAACGGUGUCGUUUAAGACCACACAAGUUUCUCUCUGGCUCAGUUCUCCACACGUUCCACAUUUCACCUAAAGAAUUCGCAACAGAAAAUCAAAACAACACCACCAGAUGCAAAAACGAAAGAGAGAUUGGAAGGGUUGAAGAGAAGAGAAAGAGAACCUUUCUUCCUGUGCGGCUCGCUCCGUCUCAGAAUUCUCCGCACUAAAUUCGCUGGUGGGAGAGAGGGAUAGGUCGAUGAAGAGUGGGAGGGAAGGACAGGGAAACGAGAGAGGGACGGGAACAGAUCGGAGCUUCGUCGGCAGGUCGAUGGUUUGCGAAGAGUAGGAUAGAGCGUGGGAGGGAGAGGGAUUGCACAGCUUUAGGGUUUUCUUCUAAACAAAAUUGGAGAAAAUUUCUAUUGUCACGGUCCCUCAAAAAAAAAUAAUAAAAUAUUAUCUCAUAUUACCACGGUUCCGCUUAUAACAGUGGCAAUUGAGCUUUUGCUACGGUUCCGCCUAUAACCGUGACAAUUGAGGCGUGGCAAAAUGUCAUUUCUGUAGUAGUGAGUUAGAAGGAAGUGUGUACGUGAAAUAUUAUAAUAGGGUGUAUCAAACUUGAAAUGAAUCAUUCAUGAUAUAAUAUAAAUAUACUAAGAUCUAGGGUUUUGGUCUUUAAAAGCUUCCUUGUGUUGCUUACCAACUUUUGUUGGUUAGGUUAUUAUACUCAAGUUGAAAGUUGAAAGGGGUUGUUUCUCAACAAGUUAUAUUUAUAUAUAUCUACUAUUCCCCUUAAAAAAAUAAAUAUACUAAGAUAUAUAUGAUAGAGAACGUAUAUCUAAAAGAAUAACAAAUCCUUUAUGCAAUUACGAGAUAUCACUUUAAUUUAAAAUAUUUAUCCUCACUUGCGCAAGACGUUGUUGUUAAUAUUGAACAAAAGUGCAUUGGACCCAUCAUUUUAUUUCGUAAAAAAAAAAAUAUAACUGGCAAUUCAUGGUGGGCAGGGAAAUGAGGAUAUAGAGCAACUUGUGUGUGCAUGUUGGCAAUAAGAUAUGAAACAAGAGAAGGAGAGAUAAGGAGACUGUAAGGCCUACGGGGUCGGUGGCCCCGAACUAUCACCCUGCUAAGGACACAGUAGCCUGUGCUGUGCAAGAGCUGCACAAUAGUGACACAAAUUACCUUCUAUUAAUUUGUUACUUCACCACACCAAAUUAUUUUCCAUUACAAAUUACACAACAAGGAUGAGGGAAUAAAUGCAUACAAGUAAAGGAAGUAGCUAAGAGAAACAGACAAAAAAGGGAGAGAAAGGGAUAUGGGUAUGCGUAUGGGUGGACAAGUAUGCCUAGUAUUAUUUAUGUAUAGAAGACAUCAAAUGAUUGAGGAAUAAAAGAAGAGGGUGAAGCAAAGUUUUAUGCAUAAGAAAACAAUAGCUAUAGCUUGAGAGAAGAUGAGUAGGUCUACAGAGUGAUUGUUUUCUUCUCUUUUAUCUCAGGAUUGUUGGUGUCUCCUAAUUAGAUAAACUCUCCUUGGUGUUUUCUAGAUUUAAUCAGAAAAGCUUUCAAAGGGACAAGAAAAAGCAGGUUUCAAAUUUAAGAAAUCCCAGGGUUGCAUCUCAAGUUUGCAAAACAACAACAUGGCUGCUUCUUCCUCACCAUUCUUGGAAAUCAGACAAGAAAAUCAAAGUCAGAAUACACAACAACACCAGUCCUCUUCAUCAACUGCUGCUCCACCUGUAGUUCCUCAGAAGAAGAGGAGGAAUCAUCAACCUGGAACACCAUAUCCAGAUUCUGAGGUGAUAGCACUAUCUCCCAAGACACUAAUGGCAACAAACAGGUUCAUAUGUGAGGUAUGCAACAAAGGGUUCCAAAGGGAGCAAAAUUUACAGCUCCACAGAAGAGGACACAACUUGCCUUGGAAACUAAAGCAGAAGAAUACAAAAGAGCAGGCAAAGAGAAAGGUUUAUCUCUGUCCUGAACCCACUUGUGUCCACCAUGACCCUUCACGGGCUCUUGGAGACCUCACUGGGAUCAAGAAGCACUUCUCUCGGAAGCACGGUGAGAAGAAGUGGAAGUGUGAAAAGUGCUCUAAGAAGUAUGCUGUUCAAUCAGAUUGGAAAGCACAUUCUAAGACUUGUGGUACAAGAGAGUAUAGAUGUGACUGUGGCACUCUCUUCUCCAGGCGUGACAGUUUUAUUACUCAUAGAGCCUUUUGUGAUGCGUUAGCACAUGAGAGUGCAAGGCACCCUUCCAACCUGAACCCUCUGGGAACUCAUCUCUAUGGCACCAACCACAUGAGCUUAGGCCUAUCCCAAGUGGGUACCCAACUUCAGAACCAAAACAGUAUCUUAACCCUAGGCAAUGCUGCUGCAGGUGCACCAAAAUUUGAGCACUUGAUCUCACCUUUCCAACAGUCAUCAUUUGCGCACUCAUCAUCACCACAGUCAUUGUCUUCCUCAUCACCUUUCUUCAUGGCUGACCCAAAUCAAGGGAUUCAAGACCUUCAAUCUCAUCAUCACCAAGGACAAUUCUCGAACAAGCAGCUGCAUGGUCUUAUGCAGCUCCCUGAUUUUCAAGGUCCCACCACCAACAACACCAGUACUUCUGCACCAUCAUCAGUUUCUGCUAAUUCAGCUGCAAACUUUUUCAACCUCAGCUUCUUCCCAAAUAGUAAUAGCAACGACAGCACCAUCCCUGAUCAGUUCAACAGUAUAACUGCAGGAACAACACUCUACACAAAUAGCCCUGGCAGUAGCAAUCAUCACCAAGUUGGUUCAGCUUUGUCUUCAAUCUUUGGCAAUUCAUCACUGCAACAAGAGAACAACAUGCCCCCGCACAUGUCUGCAACUGCAUUGCUUCAGAAAGCUUCACAAAUGGGCUUAUCCACAACAACCAUUAAUAAUGGUUCCUCUCUACUAAGACGAAUGGAGAGCUCCUCCACCAAUGGUUCAGAAUCUGAACUCAACAAUUUUGCUGCCACUUUUGGAAGUGAUCAUAGUAAGGGAGAAGGUAUAAGAUCAAGCAUGGAAAAUGACCACCAACAUCAUCUACAUGGGAUAAUGAACUCUCUUGCGAACCGAAACAACAAUUCGAUGUUUGGCCAUGUGAAAGGGAAUGAAAACAAUAAUGUUUCUCAUUUUCACAUCAUGGAGGAGGCUAAAAGAUUGUCAUCACAAAAUCUGGGUGGUGUGUGCUUUGGAGGAUCUGAUAAGUUGACUUUGGACUUUCUUGGUGUUAAUGGAGGAAUUGUGAGGAACAUGAGCGGUGGGUUUUCACAAAGAGAGCAACUAGACUCCAUUUUGGAUCCUAAACUUGAAUCAACACAAGCAAAUCAACAAUUUGGAAGCUCAUCAUUGCAAUAAUAAUUACCUAUGUUUGUUUAUACAUUCAACAACAUGGCCACACAUUCCAAAUCAUAUAUCAAAAUAUAUAUAUGAAGGGAAGAAAUUGUUCUUAUUCCUUUUGAUUGUGGCUAGACGUUAAAUCAAACAUACACUUAGCUGGGUAAAUUUAUCAAGUAGAGAUAAACGUUUUUUA